CAAGCUCUUCGUUUUUGCUCUCUCGAAGCAUCACGAGGCCUUGGAGUAUUAUCACCACUUCUGGCAAGCAAACGAAAUUUAGAUUUCCCCUGUUGAACGCGAAAUAAAAAAGGUAAUACUAUGUUGAUUGCUACUAGAAGUUAAAACGACGUCUGGUAUUGAUUCAGCUGCAUCAGCUUGAUACAACAGACCUGGACAAAAUUAAGUCUCAAUCUGUAUGAUGCCGUCCUUGACGACCAAUUCCACCGCGCCGCCAGAAGGGUCGCCUCUGCCGGACAACGACAUGAAGGUCGGAGUGCCGCACGGGGACGCAAAAAUAGCAGCGUCUCCUGCUGAACCCGUACCCGGCAGCACCUCAUCGCAACCACCCGCCGAUCAACUACCUGCUUUCGACGAGAAUUUUCUCCGCACCAUCGUGCUUUCCGCCGUCCCGAAUGGCGGGAAAAGCGCUGCCGAAGAGCAGGAGGACGAGACAGUGCAAAGAGUUGUACCGUCAGGUCACACACAACAGCAACAGAACCACCACAUCGAAGCCGCUAUUUCCUCCUAUAUCCAAGAUUUCGUCGCGGGGAAAAAGUCCAGCGGUGUUGUGCUCUACGGCGCUGAACACACCGGGAAGACGAAGUUGAUGUUCGGAGAGGAAAGUCUACUACUUUCGACGGGCAAUGAAGUCCGUGGCUCCAGGACGAACUCCUGCACAGAGGAAGUUGUUAUGCCGACCGAUGCGGAUUCGGGUUCUUCUUCUGCGGUCCGCCCGGAAUUCUUCUCCUCCGGAAUCAUCCCGCGGGUGUUAAAACAGUUAGAAGAGCUGCUGGCUUCAUCUGCGGAUGGCGAUAAACUGCAACUACAACACGACUUCUCGUUCGCCCCCACGACCUCAUCUUUCACCUGCACCUUUGUCUCCUUCCUGCCGGACGAAAAGAUUUGCGAUUUGUUCGCGGAGAAACAUCAGACAAGCUUGAAGGAUAUGAAAUGCAAAAGCAUCGUACUAGUAGCAAUCGCAUUACAAAUUUGCUCAGCAUCACAAAUGGAAUUUCUCAUGCUAUACUUACUUUGAAAAAGAGAUUUGUCAUGCAUAAACGCGAUUACUACGAGUACGAUACUUUUGCACAGGAUAAAGGAGAAAAUCGACGUGUACAAACCGAAAGCGGUUUUACCCCCGGAACUCCAAACAAUCUCGCGAUUCGAGAACGCCCGGCACGUGCCUUUAGUUGGGGAGGAGGAUGCAAACACGAUUUCAGCCACAGCCCCCACUUCUUCUUCCAUCAUCUGCGAGAAGAUCAAGCAGGCUUUGUCGCUCUUGUGGGACAGCAAACUCGACAAACCGAAAUUUCCGGGGCAACACGCGGUUUUCUCCAUCCACCAAAACUCCCCGGUUUUGCAGGAGACGCCGUCGGAUGAUGUUGGGAAGCCGGAUGUAAUUACUAGCAAUGGUAGUUCAUCUACUGCAACUUUCUCUUCAACAAACACGACAACCGCGGUACUCCAUUUCGUCGACCUGGGGAGUUGGCAACGGAAUUUGUUGCCGACCGGAACUACAACUACGGCCGGUAAACAUGGCAACAAGAUGAACGUGAAAAACCAAGAUUACUACCAUUCGACGCACAAUUCCUCGACCAUCCUUGAUUCUUCCCCCACCGCAAGUUCCCGUUCCCCAUUGUCCCGCCCGAGUUUGAACUUCCUGCAGAACGUAUCCAAGAAAAAAAAUUGUGUUCGUGUAACUAUCUUUGGCUGACAGCAUCACAAAUUUGCUCCACAUGACAGAGAAAACCUAUCAUGCGUGGCUUGUAAGGGAAAACACACACGAAAAGAGAACUUCAUGGCUGUCUGGCAUGACAGGCGUGACUCUGUUGCGUGUUCUGCAUUACAGAUUUACACUCACGCAGCUUUUUUCUUGCAUAGAACGGGGGGAGAGUGGUGAUGAAGAUGAAGGGCGGGAAGAACCGACAGCAUACCCCCUCCCCGACCCGGAAGAACCUGAGUUUGAACGCCUUGCGGGAGGUCGUGGAGAAGUUAUCCAAGGUGAAAGCGAAGGAGUUCCACAACUCGCCACGAGGAGAUCAUGGUGCUGCUGCAAGCACGCCAACAUCUUCAUCUUUAUUGGGAGUAAAUAACAGCAACUUGUUGAACGCUUCCACCCUGAGCACCGCCGCCAGUACCUGCACAAAGGACUCUGGUUUAUUAACCGCGACCACCCGCCACAUUCAGGGGCACGCGGCGCGCCAGAGCACAAAAAGUUCCUCCGUCAGCUACAUCCCCUUUCGGAACUCGAAAUUAACGUUGUUUCUGAAGCCGCUGCUGCAGAAGGAGAUAACUGCAGGACCAGGCGCGUCCGCGACUUCUGCUGCUGUUUUUGACUGGACCCCGUCCUUGUUUAUUUUAACGACGAUUCCGACGACCAUUGCCGAUGGGAUCGGGAAUCAAUGGUUGGAUCCGGAUACGAAGGAGACUUUGAAAUUUGGCGAGUUGCUACGGAACGUGCGGUUUGACCGGUUGAAGCAGAACAAUCGCACACCUGGCAGUCGUGUUGCUGGAAUUGGUUUGGGUCUUGGUAGUUCUGGUGCAAGAGGGUGUGGUUUUGGUGGAUCUGGUUUUGGAACGCCGGCAAGCGGUGCUGCUUCUGGAGGUUUCCGACCCGCGGAGAAGAGUACAAAGGCUUUUGUCGGAAUCACCGCCUCGGCAUCGGCACCGAAUACGCCAACUGUUGGCGCUGGUGUUGACAAGAUGAAGCGUGCGGCUUUUAAUGUCACAACAGCGACCUCCACCUCUACUCCGAAGUUGAAUACCAAAGAAGAAGACGCGUCGAAAAUUAAAUCUGUUCCGACUGGCGUUCCAACCACGACUGCUUCCACUUCCCGCGGCCCCUCCCCGAAGCUGGGCAAGCCGCCGGUGUUAGGCGGUGGGGCGCGACGGUCGAUCAGCGCGACAAGAAUGGUGCAUCCGAUCAUCGAACGGGGGGUGAGUCCGGUUCUGAACGGUAUGGCAGAUAGCAGUGUGAUGGAGCACAAAACUACUUCCAACGGUAGGAAUAAAGAUUCUGCAGUGGAGAAGAAAACGGAGGAUCACGCUCCUGGCACUCCAAAGGAGCUUUCUUCUCCCGCUGGCGAUCGUGUUCAACAGUCGAACAGCAAAACUGGCGACAAUACGGAACAAAACCAGAGCGAUUCCUCCUCCGACAACGAGGGUCCGGUGAAGAAGUUUCUGAACCGAACUGCAGGCUGCAAGGAGAACAAAAAGCAGACAGCGUCCGAAACCGUCCCCCCGAAGGUGUUCGUGCCGACGCCGCCUGCCUCGCUAGCCGACAUCUACGCGAAGCUGUAUGCGAACGUUGGAGCCGACGCAGGAACAACGUGUUACCACGAUGUAUGGCGUUCUCAACUGUUACAUUCUCAACUGUUACAUGAAUUUGUCAACAUGCAAAAACAGCAAUAGGGCAAGGGGCAAGCUUGCAAGUCUUACAUCACAAAUUUUGCAUGGAUUUAGGUUCUGUCUGGCCUUUCGAUUAUUUGUCAUGCGAAGCAGCUUGAUCAUCUGGCGGCUUAAGGUUGUCUUGCAUGACAAAUUCAUGUAACAGUUGAGAGUGUAACGUUUGAGAACGCCAUACGAUGCCGAGGGAAACCGGUUUUGCAGUCCGGAGAAGAAAAGUGGUGCGGAUGGCGGCGGUGGAUACGCGAAGGUCAAAGCGAGUGCUUUGGUGCCACCGACGUUAGGGAGCAUUUUGGCGAGGAAAGGAGAGCAAAAUGAAGAACAGUCGGGAGAUCAGCACAACAGAGUGGACACCGAGAUGUCGGCGUUCGGUGAUCCAGAGAAGAAACCAAGUGUGAAGUCAUGUGCUCCGCGUGUGGCGGCGAAGGAUUUGGUGCCGCCGAGUCUGCCGAAGAAGAACACGGCUGCUAGCGCUGCGGGAGAAAAUCAAAAAGAAGGCUGUUCUGCGGGAAGCGAGACCGGAGACGCUGAUCAGCGAAGCGAAAACGAGGAACCGGUGAAGAAGUUUGACCAAGGCCGUUCCAAGAACAGAACCCUCGCGAAAGACCUGGUGCCGCCGAAAGUUUCGAAGGUUACAGUGGGUGAAGAUGAAACAGAAAUGGACGUCGAGAAGGACGAUGUCGUGCAACAAGAGCCUGUGAAAAAGUUCAAUCCUGCUUCUUCCACGACGAGGACCUUGGCGAAAGAUCUGGCGCCACCGAAGGUACUGCUGGGGAAUGAAGCAGAAGGUGCCAGCACUGAAUCUGCUCAGCAGGAGGAGUCCGGAAUAGAACAGGACGAACCGGUGAAGAAGUUCAACCCCAAGAACAGUACGACCAGAACUCUGGCGAAAGACUUGGCGCCACCGAAAAUUAUUGGAGAGACGCCGGUCCGCGGAACUAGCAAUGAAGAAAGAACCGGCUCUACUUCUUGUGAAAAAGCAGGAGGAAUUUCAGCUGCCCGGGCAGACGGAACAACUGGCAAAACAAUGACAGAUGAGGAUUCCGAUUCCGAUUCCGCCCCGGUGAAAAAGUUCAACCCGGAAAGCACGAAAAAUCGCACCUUGGCGAGGGCUUUAGCGCCACCGAAGGUAGUCGUGCCCGAAGAUUCCGAUUCCGACUUCGAAAAACACGCCCCGGUGAAGAAAUUCAACCCUUUGAAUUCGAAAAACCGUGCACCCGCGUCAUCUCUGUUGGCGCCGCCGCCGGCUCCGGUUGCGGUCGUGGUUGAAAACGACCAAGGCGAGGACAUAACGAACAAGUCGAAAAAGAACCUAAUUCUGUACAAGCGACCGCGCAGUUCGUCCGCCUCGAUCGCCGAACUGCUACACAAAGCUACUUCCUCACCGAUAAUUUCCUCUGACGAGGAGAACAACAGGAAGAAGCGGCCGCGGGCGUCGUCCUAUUCCGGAGCGGACUUUUUGGAAGUUGUGAAGGCUGUUGUUGACAAGAAGAAACAGGAAAGAGAGCAAAGUUCAUCUCAUGCACAAACUACGGAGGGAACAAAUGACAAGGAAGCAGCAAUUGUGGUCCACCCUCUCUCCGAAACCUUGGACGAGCAGUCUUCUCUAGAUGUUGGCAAAAUCGACACGGUUUUUCAAGGCGGUUUAUUUAUUGGGGCGACUGCAACAAGAACCCCUUUAGUUGGGAAAAUCGACACGUCGGUUUUUGGCGGUUUCUUUGGAGCUACUGGUGCCGACGGCAAGCUCGACGAGCACAAGAAUAAACCAAAAACUGCGGCUACGAACAUUCCGAAGGACCAGCACAAGUCCCCUCCGGAAGAUGAUUGGGUUGAUGAAAGCGUCGAUUUAGAGGACCAGAAGCAAAACGACUCCGUUUUCUCCACGCCGGAAGCGCCGCGGGUGUUGAAAAAGACGAAGAAGAGUAAAGUGAUGGCGGUGUUGCAGCAGAAUUUGAAGAAUAAACUGCACGGGUCGUCGGACUACACGCAAGAAAAGAACCCCAACAACUUCUCUACUGUUUCCUUCGCCGGGUUGUCCGACGCGUCUGCGAAGAACAACAAAUCCAGUUACUUCCACAAGGCGGCGCACGUGAAAAUUCUCUCGAAGCGAUCUUUCAUUGACGUGGUGGACAAAAAUGGCGGUGAGCAUCAAGAGUCAGGAGGCGCGCAUCUGCACGACCAGAGUGUAGUCAACAGCAGCGGUUUUAUUUCCUCUUCCCCGGACAGCUGCAAGCCGAGUGCGGAGAAAGCUGAACAAAACAGCGCAGACUUUUCUGCUGAAUUAACCAUACCAAAUGUAAAAAUGUCUGGGUCUGAAGAUUGCCAGGUUUGUCAUGCACAUUUUGCAUGACUCCUGAUGUCUGUGAUGCAUGCCCUAUCAUCACAGAUUUUGUGAGCGCUUCCUGAUGCCUAUACCGCAUGACAAAUGCUCUGUGCGUGUAGCAAAACUUGGACGCUCUUUGCUGCUCAUGCAAUACAGAUUUUUUUAGAAUCCAAAAUCAGCAUGACAAGUUGGAUUCUUCCAGACCCAGACAUUUUUUACAGUUGAUACACUAGUGAUCACGACAACGCGUUGGAGAACCUCUACGACAAGAAUUUCGAGAAACUCUUCGCGGGUCUGGCCCAAGAAAAGGAAAAUGAGAAGAAUUACAUCACACCUGUGCACCCGGCAGGAGCGUCUAUUCCGGAAAGCGCAGUCUACUUUGCGGACGAUGUUGUUGUUGAAAGGGAAAAAAUCAAGAACCUGAUUUCCAUCGAGAAAAUUGUAGAUGCUCCUGCUGCUCCGGGACGACCGGCCAAGAUGAAGCGGACUUUUACUGGUGUGGGAAUAACUUCUCGAACUGAACCUUACUUGAACAACAGCACAACUUCUUCCCACAGCGAAGAUCCGCCAUCUACGAUCAAGGAGCGGCUUCAGACUGUUGGGCACGAUUUAGAGAAGAUGAGGAUCAACAAGGUCGAAAGGAUCAAUGUGAAGCGGGAUCUGGAAAAGACGGGCGCAUUUUCCCCAGCAACGCCAGUGUUUGCUUCUGCAGUGGACAACAUUCCAAACAGCUCGAGUCCGGUGGAACACUUCACCAUCAGCACCCCGCCGGGGUCUGCGGGGAAAAAGAAAGCAAGGCGGUUCGAUAUGGAAGAGGAGAUGGAAAUAAAGCGGGACUUUGUGAAGAUCCGGAACGAGCAAUCGGAAAGUCAGUUUCUGAUGCAGGAACGGCAGCAGCGCCAGCAGAGCAUGGCGCUGAAGAUGUUGGAGGAGAAUUUCACGGUCAUGGAGUUGAAGAAACAGUUGCAGGCGGAGGUACAGAUACAUAGAACCUUUUUAUCGUUAUUCAGCAUGACAAAGCUUCGAUCUUUUGCUUAUCUGGAAUGACAGAGUUUGUAUACCAAAAUCCUGAAAAAAUCUUCACACUGAUAUCAGGCCGAGAGCGGCGUCUCGAUCUCGCGUACGCUCAACGAGGACCCCUCGCGAGGAACUCUCAAUACCGAAGAUGGACAUCACGAUGGAGGUCCUCUGCAAGGGGAAGGAGCCAACGCGUCUCUCUCUUUCUCCGCACGACCGAUGAUCUCCUCUGUCCGCGACCUGAUAAAGCAGGUUGUACCCGGAGGCAAAUCUGCUACAGUUGGUGAUGAACAAACGGGCAGCACGCGAAUGUUGAACCCUCCAACUUCUCUUCACCGAAGGCCGGUGCCGGAAAAAGCCUUGACUUUGUCCCACAAAACCGAGGAAGAAGCUCAUUCCCACACGGAUAAUGACACCACUGCAGAUACGAUCAAAGGAUUCGCGCUCGACCGGAGGACCGAGCUAGUUGCUGCGACUGAAUCGCCGGGAAGCGGAGAUAAUGACGAGAAUUCAUUCGCUGCUUACCAUCGGGAACAGCAGAAACGCCGGGAACAGCGGAUGUUGCAAAUGGAGCAAAAACUACAAGGCUUGGCAAGAAGUCCAGUGCAUUGUCAUCAGCUGAAGGCUGCAACAAGGCCGGCGUCGCUGUCCGAGGAGAGAUUACGUCGGGCGGAGUUGUUCAAGGUUUCUUUACUCCUAUUGCGAGGAGGUACUGUGGGUAAGGCGUUUGCAGGGUGGAAGAGCGUAAUGUUGGCCGCCACGUUGGGAGAAGGAGAAGGAGAUGAAGAAGAACACCAGUUCGACGCAAUUUCGAACGCUUCCUCCGACAUAGGUGAAAUCGCGAAUGCUCUUGCCGUAUCGAAAGCAAAUAUGUCUGGGUCGGGAAGAGUGCAGGGUUUGUCAUCUAGGUUUUUCGUGACCCAUGACAUGAGGUCUGGACUGCAGCGCCUAGCAUGACAAAUUUUGUGGGAUCUCUGUCAUGCCUAUCCUGCAUAAGGAAUUCUUCUCAACUUCUUCAAGAAGUCGGUAAAGGAGCAGCGCAGACUUGGCAGAUUCUCGCGAUUUUGGCGCAGACUCCUGAGCUUCAGCCACCUCCAAAAACGCCGCCCAUAAUUUUCGCGCCGCGCGAAAGUUCGCAAAAAUUUGCCUUCCGGGUUGCGCCUUUCAGCUUGGCGCAGCUUCUUCUAGAGGGAGGGGGGCGAAACUUGCCAGAUUCUCGCGAUUUUGGCGCAGACUUCUGAGCUUCAGCCACGUCCAAAACCGCCUCCGAUAGAUGACGCGCGUGCCGCGCAAAAGUUCGCAAGAGUUUGCUUUCCGGGUUGCGCCUUCCAGCUUGGCGCAGCUUCUUCUAGAGGGAGGAGGGCGAAACUUGACAGAUUCUCGCGAUUUUGGCGCAGACUUCUGAGUUUCAGCCACGUCCAAAACCGCCUCUGAUGAUUUUCGUGCCGCGCAAAAAUUCGCACAAAUUUGCUUUCCGGGUUGCGCCUUUCAGCUUGGCGCAGCUUCUUCUAGACGGAGGGGGGCGAAACUUGACAGAUUCUCGCGAUUUUGGCGCAGACUUCUGAGCUUCAGCCACGUCCAAAACCGCCUCUGAUGAUUUUCGUGCCGCGCAAAAAUUCGCGCAAAUUCAUUUUCCGGGUUGCGCCUUUCAGCUUGGCGCAGCUUCUUCUAGAGGGAGGGGGGCGAAACUUGACAGAUUCUCGCGAUUUUGGCGCAGACUUCUGAGCUUCAGCCACGUCCAAAACCGCCUCUGAUGAUUUUCGUGCCGCGCAAAAAUUCGCGCAAAUUCAUUUUCCGGGUUGCGCCUUUCAGCUUGGCGCAGCUUCUUCUAGAGGGAGGGGGGCGAAACUUGACAGAUUCUCGCGAUUUUGGCGCAGACUUCUGAGCUUCAGCCACGUCCAAAACCGCCUCUGAUGAUUUUCGUGCCGCGCAAAAAUUCGCGCAAAUUCAUUUUCCGGGUUGCGCCUUUCAGCUUGGCGCAGCUUCUUCUAGAGGGAGGGGGGCGAAACUUGACAGAUUCUCGCGAUUUUGGCGCAGACUUCUGAGCUUCAGCCACGUCCAAAACCGCCUCUGAUGAUUUUCGUGCCGCGCAAAAAUUCGCGCAAAUUCAUUUUCCGGGUUGCGCCUUUCAGCUUGGCGCAGCUUCUUCUAGAGGGAGGGGGGCGAAACUUGACAGAUUCUCGCGAUUUUGGCGCAGACUUCUGAGCUUCAGCCACGUCCAAAACCGCCUCUGAUGAUUUUCGUGCCGCGCAAAAAUUCGCGCAAAUUCAUUUUCCGGGUUGCGCCUUUCAGCUUGGCGCAGCUUCUUCUAGAGGGAGGGGGGCGAAACUUGACAGAUUCUCGCGAUUUUGGCGCAGACUUCUGAGCUUCAGCCACGUCCAAAACCGCCUCUGAUGAUUUUCGUGCCGCGCAAAAAUUCGCGCAAAUUCAUUUUCCGGGUUGCGCCUUUCAGCUUGGCGCAGCUUCUUCUAGAGGGAGGGGGGCGAAACUUGACAGAUUCUCGCGAUUUUGGCGCAGACUUCUGAGCUUCAGCCACGUCCAAAACCGCCUCUGAUGAUUUUCGUGCCGCGCAAAAAUUCGCGCAAAUUCAUUUUCCGGGUUGCGCCUUUCAGCUUGGCGCAGCUUCUUCUAGAGGGAGGGGGGCGAAACUUGACAGAUUCUCGCGAUUUUGGCGCAGACUUCUGAGCUUCAGCCACGUCCAAAACCGCCUCUGAUGAUUUUCGUGCCGCGCAAAAAUUCGCGCAAAUUCAUUUUCCGGGUUGCGCCUUUCAGCUUGGCGCAGCUUCUUCUAGAGGGAGGGGGGCGAAACUUGGCAGAUUCUCGCGAUUUUGGCGCAGACUUCUGAGCUUCAGCCACGUCCAAAACCGCCUCUGAUGAUUUUCGUGCCGCGCAAAAAUUCGCACAAAUUUGCUUUCCGGGUUGCGCCUUUCAGCUUGGCGCAGAAAGAUUCUUCUAGAGGGGGGGGGGCGAAACUUGGCAGAUUCUCGCGAUUUUGGCGCAGACUUCUGGGCUUCAGCCACGUCGAAAAGCGCCGCUGAUGAUUUUCGUGCCGCGCAAAAAAUCGCACAAAUUUGCUUUCCGGGUUGCGCCUUUCAGCUUGGCGCAGCUUCUUCUAGAGGGAGGGGGGCGAAACUUGGCAGAUUCUCGCGAUUUUGGCGCAGACUUCUGAGUUUCAGCCACGUCCAAAACCGCCUCUGAUGGUUUUGGUGUCGCGCGAAAGUUCGCAAAAAUUCUCCCUCCGGGUUGCGUCUUUCAGCUUGGCGCGGGCAGCUUCUUCCAGAGGGAAGGGGGCGAGCCUUGGCAGAUUCUCGCGAUUGUGGCGCAGGCUCCUGGGCUUCAGCUACCUCCAGACCCGCGCCCGAUGAUUUUCGUGCCGUCCUUUUUUCCCGAGAAUCCUUGCAAAACAAAGGGGGCGGCUGUUCGGUAAUCAUUUGGCACAUGCCUGCUCGAUGCAGCGCGGACUUGCUUACUUGCAUGAUUUUCAUGCAGUGUGAUAACUUUGUCUUUGAUGCAACCUUCCACACCCAGACAUAUUUGCACUGGAUAUGCAGUCGGUUUUUCGCAACUUGGUGCACUGAACGACGAAAGCAACAUCUUGGAGUUCUGUUCCGAGAAGGAGUUCUCCUUUCAACAGCAAGACAACUACGGAGCCGUGAAUGUAGAUGAGAAGAGCAGCCAGUUGUUCCUCGAGGAAGCAGAAGCGGAUGAGGAAGAAACGAAUCCCGAUGCGCAUACGGAAGGCGAGUUGUUUGAAGAGGAGAAAGCUGCUUCGGAGGACUGUUCUAGCACGCUUGGUUUGUUUCCGGAUGUGAAUAGCGGCCGCUUGAGUUCCGUGAUCAAAACCGCCAAGGCGAUGAAGUCCGCGUUCCGGUGCGAUUUGUUGGAGGGUGACAACUUGCACGACUCGUUUUUGAACGCUUUGGAUACUGGGAAUCUCUUCAGCGAGAAUGUUAAUGGUUUGACGGGAAAUAAGAAUAAGAAGCGGUCCACGGUUUUCCGGGGUGAUUUUCUCGUAGCGGACGACGAAGCUGUUGAGAGGAAAUUCACCGGGCCGCUUACCGGUCAAGGUGCUGGUCAUGCUCUUGCAGCAACAUUUGAGAACGAGACGCGGAGACAGGAACAAGAGAAAACCGUUGAGAAGAAAGAAAAUCACCAAAGCAACAACUUGACCCUCACUGAGUUGAACAAACAGCAGAAACUGGUCAAGAACAACAGCAGCUUUGAGCGCUUUCAAUCUUUCCAAACCGCGUACGGCUUCCCUAUUUCGCAGAGCAACCUGGCGCUCAGUUUGGUGCAGGACAAAGCUGCGGAAAUGUUGAUGAAAAUGAAGCAGGAAAAGCGGCGGGGCAGUGGUGAAGAGAUCUUGAAUUUUGUCAACCAAAACGAGGAAGUUUUACCAGAAGAUGUCGUGAAAGAUGACAAUACGCUGGAUUCCAAGGUAGAAAACGUCGCAAAGAAGUUCACUCCCCUCCGAGACCCGUACUUGAAAGAGGAUAACAUAAUCGAUCUUCAGGCCACCCUAGUCAACUACGCCUCUCCCCCGAACCACCUGCUCUCUUCCGCCAACAGUGCCGAAGAUCUCUGCUACUCCUCUUCUAGCAAAAAGGAAAAUCAAGACAACAUUUCCGGCGAUUUUUUGUCUUCGUGCGACGACGAGAGCAAAUCAAGGCUCAACAAGGGAACAAUCUUCAACAGCUCGUUUAACCCCAAUUCAACCCUAUCGAAGUCGAUUGUGCAGGAGCAUAACUCCACCUCGUCCGAUAUGACUUGUUCAACGUACCCAAACGAUAUCGUACCCAAAAAAAAUUUUUUUAGUAUAAAAACUCAAACUAUCUAGUGCAGAAGCUAACUAUUUUGUUAAGGUAGUUACUUAAGGCAUAUGUAGUUAAUGCAGCUAUAAUAAGCAUCCACCGCCGGAGAGUACGACCCAGUCGCUCUACGGCUUCGCCUCGAAUCGGAGCCGGGGACGCUUGUCAAACCGUAGCAAUUUCGUAGCCUUACCGGCGGGCGGGGCCGUGUAUAAUUCAAAAGCCGAAGGGCGUGGAAAUGCUUCGCGCCCUCAUCUAGCGCGCGCAGGCUUUUGGGCCGCCGCUGCCCAUUCUUGUGCGUGUUCUGAUUUCCUGCAGGGGCACUGCCACAGGAUAGCCCCACUGCAUAUCCGUCUCUCGUCUGGCAGCUUGCGGCCUUCCUUGGCAGGAGGGGGAUCACCUACCCCCCUGGACAUCCCCCUGUAGCGGGGAGUGAAAAACUGACCACAACGCCGGGAUUGCGCUAAAAAGGAAAGCGCCCACGAGUGCCUUUGGCAGGGGAUCGUAGCGGGGCAUCCCCGCCCCCCCUGAUGUGUGCAUAGCCGGCGCCCGUUGUGCCAUUGGGGGAGAGGGAUGGUCGCGCGGCUGGUUGGCCGGAGGCGUAGAAGCUUGCAGCCGGGCCCCUGCAAGCGCUGGAAAAGCCGCCUGCCCGAGCUUCUCGCUGUGCUGGUCUUCUUUCAUGGUUCGAACAUAUCCCGGGCAGGCGACGAAUGUUGCCGAAAAAAUCCCGGCGCGUCAGUUGUUGCCCAUACGUUAUGUCCCGAGGCGAAGCCGUAGAGCGACUGGGUCGUACUCUCCAGCGGUGGAUGCUUCAACUAUAUAGAGCUUAACUAGCUACAUUAUCUUUCUAGCGAAAGUAACUAGCUAGUUUAUUAGUAUACUGUAUGGGUAGUUAUUCCUUUUUGAAAAAUUUUUGGGUACGAUAUCGCUUGGGUACGUUGAACAAGUCAUAUCCGAAGAACAGAUCUUAGUUGCGUCGUCCCAGCAAAAACCAGACACGGCUUCAUCAGCACCACUAGCACUUCUUGCAGAAGACUUUGGUGCUGCGUCUCCGGAUGACGACGUGAUGAUGCGGCAGACGGUUGCGGGACAACGAUUGCGCGCAGGUGUAGUCAGCGGUUCGAAGGGAAGUGUCGGGAAGAAGCAGAUUGCCUUCACUGGCGGCGUCAUGGGUGAGUUGAAAGCAACCGCUCUUGCAGCGUCGAAGCCGGCAGAUGAAACCACCGGCACCGGUGUUUCCAAGCUCCCGACCACUGCCACCCGCCCGGUGGAUGAAUCUAUGUUGAAUCAAAGUGGGGUGGACGAUGAAGAUGGUUACUCCAGCGGGUCUGAUUUGGGCGGGGGGAAAUUCAAUUUGUCGAAAUUGGGGGAGUCGCCGUUACUGCACUAUCCGGAGGAAGUAUCAAAAGAAAGAAGUUCGUCACGAUCACUCAUGGGCAUUUUUGCAAGACAAAACUGUCUGUCAUGCGUAAAAAUGCAUCACAGCCACAACUCAUAAGGAAUUUCCCUAGUCGUGUUUCUGCAAUACAAGGAGAAGUUGUGAUGCAAAAAAAAUUUGUAAUGCAAAGCCUGCAACUUAAUGACUGUGACAAACUUUUUUCUCUCCAUAGGAAGAGGAGGAAAAUAACGAGAAAUCUUCGUCUUUACUAGUGGAUUACAAUAAGGACGACUCGGGAUUGCAAGUCGCGGCAGCCGCUGCGAAGGUGCAGGAAGAGACGGUGAUGAUGAACAAGGAAGAAAAAAAUUAUGAAAGCAACUACGGAUCGGGAUCUGUCUUCCUCAAUUCCGCGAUGUUGGAGCAGAACUGUUCCCGGAUUCUGAAUUCUUCCUCGAAGUUUAUUGAGGGAAAUUUGAGCCCGUUGUCCCUGUCCGAUGCGUAUCCUGUGCAAAAGUAUCGUACUCGUAGUAAUCGCAGUCAUGCAUUUACAAAUCUUCAUCCCAAGGUAAAACAGCAUGACAAAUUUCAUUUGUCAUGCUGAGCUAAUUUGUCAUGCGAUUUAUACGAGUGCGAUACUUCUGCAGUUCAUAAUGCGGAGUCGGAAGAGCAGCAACUAGGAGAACAACUACAGCAAGAUGAUGCGAACAUCAAGAAGGAAGAUUCCAUGUUGAAAUCUGGGGCGGAAAAGAAGCUGCAGCCGCCACCUGUUGCAACUAUGGAAGUAGACAACUACAUGACAAACUUCGGCGGGAUUUCGGCUCUCACCAUCUCCCCGGUCCUGCCGCAGUACUCGCCACGGUUGAUCGGUGUUGAGCACGCGGUUGAUAUGGGAGCUGCAGUCGGGGAGAGUAGUAGUUGUCAUGCGGAAAUGGGAAUGACAAUGAAGCUGCAGGAACAGAUUUCGAUGUGUUCGAACACGUCUGUUGCUAAGGGAGAGGCGUUGGAGCCGAUUGACGAAUAUGCGUUGCAAAUAUGUCUGGGUCUGGAAGAAUGAAAGUUUGUCAUGCUUGUCUCACAUGACUCUUAAAUCUGUAAUGCAUGAGCAGGAAAAAAUAAAAACGCUCUCUUCUGACUGUCAUGCAAGUAUGCAGUUUGUCAUGUGGAAAGCGAAACACACAGGAGCAGCUCGAAAACUUGUCAUGCGCGUCUGCGUAUUGCAAUGCGCCCACCAUUUACAAACUCGCAUCACAAGAAGUUUCCAGAGGACCCAGACAUUUUUGCAUUUGAUAACGAAGACGAUGAGGAUCAGGUGGUGGACACCGCGUUCUUACGCCUCAGUUCGCCGGAGAAAGAUGACAAAGCAGACAAGGUGGGCAGCAGUCACAACUCUUCGGAUGAACAAGUCGUUUUUGAAAACAAACCAGUGGAGCAAUCCGAGCAAUCGAAGCUGUAUGAAGGAAACCAAGAAGCUGAAGAUGUUCAUCAACCGGCCGCUGCUUCAUCUCGUCGUGCUGACCCUGAUCGCAAAUCCCGACGUGAAGUAAAACGAUUCGUGAAGCACACAUUGCCAAUUCACGUGAAGCGUAGCAGCACGUCUUUUGCGCCCACCGCUGUGGUGAACAGUGUGAUUGACAUUUCCACGUCCUCUAGUGACAGCAGCUCGAUAGGUUGUUUCACGCCGGAGAGAGAUCUGAAUCUGAUUCGGACCGGGGAAGCGGAUCAUGUGUUUGACAGUGAGAACCGCAACAAUGAUGCCUCCGGACUCGACCAAGAAAGCCACAUUUUGAACACCUCCGCUGUUUCCUCUUCUGCCACUUCUACGGAAAGUUCCGUUUCCCAAUUCUUCUCCAACGUGGUGCAGAAAGUGAACCAGAAGCUGAACUCCGCGAUUGGGAUCUUUCCGACGAGUAAUGGUCAGCAAAAUAACCCUUUAACUUCUUGCUUAACACCGACCAGCACGAGAUACAACAACCCGUUCCAGCUCCGGGGCGAAACGGUGUACGUGAAACACACCGCCCGGGUGCACAAGUGCGAGAAUAAGAACUGCGGGAAGUUUUACCAGUUUUACGUCGGAAGGGAAGCGGAGGCGAAAUGCCCGAAAUGCGGGAAGAAGAUGGUUGGAAAUCAUGCGGGAGGUUCUGGUCGUGCGGGGAAUGGGAGCAGCAGCAGCAGUAGUAGCGCAGCAGGAGGGGCGAAUGGAAAUUUGAAAUUCACGUCGCUGUCGUUUGCGGAUUUGUUACCGAAGCAGUGCGAUUGAAGAAGGGUCGGAGGGUUUGUAAGGUAAAUGGAUUCAUUGAAAAUUUUUGAGCUCAAUGAACAAAAGUCAAAGUAAUAAGUAAAAUCCUAGGACUAAGAGUAAGAAGAAACACUGAAAAUGAAAAUUACAACAGAUCUAGAUCAUCUAGUACUACCACUACUGGACUGAAAAAUAAUGAAUUUGAAGCUGCUACUUCUACACUAACAAUGUUGAAAAACCUUUUGGAAAAUGUUUGAUGCGUGAGCAGCACAGGUAGCGUAAGCGUGAAGAGCUACCUGCUCCGCUGUUUCUUUCCCUAUAGCUUUGAUAAGAUUUUGGUUGACAGCAACGCGCUUUCUGCGUUAUUGUUUCACAGUCCCUCAUCUCGUCUCAAACUUGAGAACUUUUUCAGAACUUAUGAAUUUUUCCAUUGAGAACUUCGAUUUUGGUGUUGACUUUGUCUAUACCUUUCUUCUACAGUAGCUUUUCAGCACCAAUUUUUCCGCCAUGUUGCAGUCGAGGCAUGGGUUUCUGUUUCUCUAGAGAUCAAAGCAGAUUUCCUUCGAAAAUCUGCUGUUCCCUGCGAACACUUGAGCUUUUUCUAGUUUUGGUUUUCUGUUAUUUCAGUACCUGAUAAUACAACGCAAGAGCACUAUUAUCGUUAGCGAGAGCUUUUCUUUGUUUCCUCCGCCGAUAGUUCUGACACUGAUUGUUUCCAGAACUUCUGGCGCUUUACCCUAAAACUAAUGUUUAUGAAGAAGAUAGAUUCUAGUAGCGGCCGCUGGGCCCCUUGAGCUUUUCGACUUUUUUUGUUUCCGAGAACUUCGAUUAUAGCAUCGUGAAUUUGAUGAAUGAGUGGCACCAGGAAUACAGAGUGCACAAAUUGCGACCUGUUGAUAAAGACGCAACAAAAGUUUUUCCUUUCAGUUGGCUAUUACCGGCAAGCGACCAGUCAGAUUCAGAAGAAUGCCUGGUGAAGGAAAAUUUAUCGCUGGAUGAAGUUUAGAAGCGGACAGCUGUUGUUCGAACGUGUUUGCCUUUUCAGAGCGAGCGAAGAUCAUUGAACAGUGAGCAAGGCAAUUGAGAAAUAGGGUGCGCAGGCC